AUGGCAGACGGAUCGGAUAACAAGGGGGAACCGGGCGUAGACGAGCUUCGUGACCAGCUGGACGCGCUGUGGGAGAAACACCUUACACUACUGGACUCGUACCACCAGGCGCAACAACAGAUUGCCCGUCACUUCUCGUCUGGCUUCUUCGACCUCGCUCAAGCCACUUUCAAGUCGACCACCCGUGUUCGCUAUGGCCAGGAAUCAUAUGACGACCGUAUGCAAGCGAUCACUCGCUUCGACACUUCAGUCGAUGACCACGACAUACCUUGUCUCGCCCUGAAAGUCAAUGACACAACACCCCAGUCGACCACAGGCGAGAGUACAAAAUCCGCCGACGACAGGCUGGACGAGAAACUUGUGGUGGAAGAGGAUGUCACGCCCAGUCAACAGCCGACUCCACCGUCAACACCACCAAGAGAGUCUGAUGAGGAGCUGCUUGAGAAACAAAGCCAGGAGAACAAGUCUGAUACGACAGGUGACAAGGAACCAAGUCAAAAGAAAGUCCGCGACCCCAUUCACUGGUACGGUAUCUUAGUACCUCCUUCUUUGCGUUCGUCACAAAAGUCUUUCAAAUCUGCCAUCCAGGAUCCUAUUAUUGAAGCUGCCAAUUCGGCACAAGCCCUUCGCCAUAUCAACAUGGAGAUUCGUAAACUGCGCAAAGACAUUAAGAAGGCUGAAAAACGUGUCUCAUAA